ACAGAUGACAGCUGAAGGUGUAGAAGCAGCGUCCGAGAAUUGGACGAGAGCCGCUCUUCAACUGCGUUUUUAACAGAUUGUCGCUCGAUUUUGGCGUCGCGUCACCUCUCAAACCGGACAGGAGACUGUUUUGACCCCACCGGAAGACGCUUCCGAUUCACCUUGUGGAUAUUUCCCUGCUUUUUACGGCGAAGGAGACGAGCGACGGAUGGACUAGCAGUUCGGGCUGAUUUUUUUUUCUGCAUAUGGCGCAAAGAGCUUUACAAAAGCAGGAUACAGUUCAUGUUCGGAGGGUCGCAGGAGGCCCUCGGGUCCAUUAACAAAACCAACAUUGGCGAAUUGGACCGGUUAACGUGGAAAAGCAGCGAGGAGGAAAUGGUUGUGCAAUAAAAGAGGAAGGAGCUGUUGGAGCACGUCCCGACGACCUCAGACCGAGGCGAGAGAUCCAUCUCAGACCUUCACCUCCACCGGAGUCAGCCUCGGCAGAAACACAGGAGACCGGAAUAUUGGUGCCGUUCCCUGCUGUCUUUGGAGAACCGCGACGAUGACGGGCAGCACCCCAGCAGACAUGAUCAACCUCAGGCUCAUUUUAGUCAGCGGGAAGACGAAAGAAUUCCUCUUCUCUCCCAACGACUCUGCAGCCGACAUCGCCAAACAUGUUUAUGACAACUGGCCAAUGGACUGGGAGGAAGAACAGGUCAGCAGUCCCAACAUCCUGCGGCUGAUCUACCAGGGACGCUUCCUACACGGCAAUGUAACACUAGGAGCUCUGAAGCUGCCGCUGGGGAAGACCACAGUGAUGCAUCUAGUUGCCAGAGAGACCUUGCCCGAGCCAAACUCCCAAGGCCAGCGGAACAGAGAGAAGACCGGCGAGAGCAACUGCUGUGUGAUUCUGUAAAACUCCCCGCUGCCGACCCGCGACCCGCUCAUCAUUCUCGCCCUCUUGAGUCCAGGACGUCUGGCGCCGCCCCGUCCUGGAGCCGCCCCGUGCUCCAAACACACACUCUGUUUGCUACACUCAUGUUUUGGAGCAGAAAUUGACCAGCUGAUUCUUUUGUGUUCAUUGAUUUGUCGUCAUGAAAUUAGAGGAAGAUAAUGCAUGUGCCGCUUUUCUCGGUUUCUUUGUGCGCAACGCCUUCUGCCACACACACACACACACACACACACACACACACAAGCGGGCGCCGGCCUCUGGUCCGGGCUGGUCGUCACAGCGAUGUGGCGGCUGGGUUUGUGCGUCUGUGAGGCCUUGUUGAUGCCCUAGUGUGCGCCAGGAUUUGAACCACUAACUGUCAGACUCCAACACAACUGCAACACUGUUCACACGCACACACUUGCUAAUACGGUGCACGAUGACUUUGUGUUGUCUUCUGAGCGGCGCAACACAAAACACUGAGAGCAGACGUUGUGGCGCACCUUUGUUUGACCUUUGUGACUGUGUUUUGACAGUCCAGUGUUUAGCCCCGCCCCCUCAGCCUUCCCAGAGUGGAGGUCAGGAGCCGCUAGCUGUGUGUUGUGAAGGAUCCAAACAGGGAAUUUAGCUGUCUUGACUCUCGAUAUUUGCACAAAGGACGCUCCAACAGCAGAUGCGUAGAAAAGUUUUCUCCUCUUCAGAGUAGUUCCGACCUCAGCUGUAGAAUAUAUUUAACACGACUCUCGUACACGAUAUUUCGCUGAUAUCUUGGUGUGAAGUCUGGUUGUGUCGCUCUUGUACUGGACCAGCGCCUCCCCAGUCCUCCAUCACCAGUUCUACUAUCUCCUCUACUGCUUCAUUCAGCUUGCUCUCAUGAUUUCAUGUCAUCAUUUGUGUCUUUCUUUUGCUUUCAAUACUUGCUUUGUAACAGCUCUAGGUCUUAAAAGUAGUGUUUAUAUUGAUCAGGGUGGAAAUCUGUACAGAAAUAAACAUUUUGGACUGUAAA